CCUUCCUCCCCACCCAGAAGCUUUGCGAUUCACAAGCUCGCUCUCUCUCUCCCAAGAGAUGAAGAAGAGGAAGGCAGACGAACUGAAUGCCUAUCUCUCCGGGCUUUAUGCCCGUAUGAACCGGUUAAAUUCCAUGGCACAGGAAAAUCGGAAGUUCAAAAAGAAGAACGAUGAGACCAUAUCGAGUUUGAUGUCUCAGAUCAAGUCAGAGGUUGAUGAAUUGAAGUCAGAACAUGAGAAGAAUAGUCAAUCUUUAGUGAAGUUACUUCAACAGAGUUUUGGAGAAUGUGAAAGUAGCAUCACGAAUGCAACUGCCAAGUUCCAUGAACUUAAUGAGAAGUUUUGUGAGGAUAAAGCUUCUCAUCAUCAAGCCCAUUUGCAGGCUUUAAAUGAUAUUUUGUCCAAAUUUGAGGAGGAAAAGGAAAGGCUCUUCAUGCAACAUGAACAAAUAAGAGAUAAGGAGAAGUCUAUGAUAUCCACAAUUGCUGAUAAGGUUGCUGAACUGGAUAAGUCCUUGAAAAUACAAAAAGAGAUUGAAGAAGAAGCCGACAUGUUGCUACAGACACUUUGCUCAUAUCUGUGAACGCCUCAGGUUCCCACCAUAUGGUAGUGCCUAAUAUAACUGGGCUUGAAGCACAACACCAGACAUUCUUUCAUGUCUCUCGACAUGAAGAUUUUGGGUUUGGCGACAUUAACGAGCUAUCAUGAAUUCUAGAUAGGAAAAGGACAUUGUUAAAUCUCUUGCUUUGCACUUAUACUGUUGGACAUGUGAUUAUGUAAUAGAAGGGGAAAUGUAGCUUUAGCUUCUCAUGUGGGAGCUUGAGCAGAUUGUGCCUCGUUAGAGCUAGACUCAGUUCUUGUUGCAAGACAACUUGGCAACGGUGGUGCACGUUUCUCCUUC